AAACAAACGCGGCUCUGAGUCUUCUCACUCAUCCAUCCCAAUUCUCUCUGUUUUGUCUUCUUCCAUGUUCUGCCUCCCAUGAAAACUUCCAAUUAGUCUCCCUUCCGUGCUAACUCUGCAAGAUUUUUGGUCUGGUCAACGGCUCAAAUCCAGCAGCUCAAGGUUCAUGUUCAUGGAUCUUUGCCUUCAUGGGACCAUUGCUUAUAUCCUAGCCUGCUCUGUUUCCUCUUGUGCGGGUGUCACUUAUCAGAGCUUUCAAUGAGAAUUCCUCUGCUUUCAUGGCUUUUCUUAGUGCCCAUUUACUAUGUUUCACUCAGCUUCCAUGUCUUCGUGGUCUCUAGCCAAUGCCCAAGCGAUGAGCAAUUUUUGUUGCUUCAAUUGAAGAACACCCUCCAAUUUGACUCUGCAAAAUCUAACAAACUUAAGCAGUGGAAAAAUGGCCCAGAUUACUGCUCUUGGGAAGGUGUGUCCUGCAAAGAUGGAUGUGUUUCUCAUCUCGACUUAAGCAGCGAAUCAAUAUCAGGAGGACUUGAUAAUUCAAGUGCUCUUUUUGAUCUGCAGCACAUCGAGAACCUGAAUUUGGCUUACAAUAACUUCAACAAUACUCAGAUUCCAUCCAAGUUCGACAAGCUGACCAAUUUGAGUUAUCUGAACCUGUCAAAUGCUGGCUUUGUGGGGCAGAUUCCAAUUGAGAUUUCACUCCUUAAAAGGUUGGUAACUCUUGAUUUAUCUACCCUUUACUUUCCCGGAACUCCUUCACUGAAACUUGAGAAUCCACAUUUGAAUGUGCUCAUUGGCAACCUUUCUGAACUUAUUGAACUUCAUCUUGAUGGUGUGAACAUAUCAGCACAUGGGGCUCAGUGGUGCCAAGCUAUAUCAUCUUCACUGCCAAAGUUGAGGGUGUUGAGCUUGUCCAGUUCUAAUAUUUCAGGCCCUUUUGAUAGUUCAUUACUGAAACUUCAGUCACUCUCAGUGAUUCGUAUAGAGAACAACAAUUUGUCUACUCAAGUUCCAGAGUUCUUCUCAAAUUUCAAAAAUUUGAUUUCCUUGCGCCUCAGCAGUUCUGGGUUAUAUGGUACAUUUCCAGAGAAGAUUUUCCAAGUACCUACGCUUCAGACUAUAGACCUAUCAGGUAAUUCUCAGCUUCAGGGUUCCUUACCAGAAUUUCCGAAGAAUGCAUCUCUUCAAUCCCUCGUUCUCAAUGGGGCAAAUUUCUCAGGCCAGUUGCUACCGAACUCUAUUGGGAACCUCAAAAUGCUGUCCAAAAUAGAUGUACCAAGUUGCAAUUUCACUGGAUCAAUCCCAAGGUCAAUGGAAAACCUUACACAAUUGAUUUAUGUGGACCUCUCAAUGAACAAGUUCAAUGGUUCAGUUCCAUUCUUCAGUAUGGCCAAGAAUCUGACCCAAAUAAAUCUCUCAUCCAAUCUUCUAACAGGUCAGAUUAAUUCCUAUCACUGGGAAAACCUUACUAAUCUGGUGUUUCUCGACUUGAGAUACAAUCUACUUAAUGGGACUAUUCCACCGUCUCUAUUUUCUCUUUCACUGCUGCAGAAACUACAGCUUUCUAACAAUCAAUUCUCUGGUCAGUUGCCUGUAUUUGGUGGUGUCUCUCUAUUGGACACCCUUGAUUUGAGUAGCAAUAAGUUGGAAGGGCCGAUACCAAAGCCUAUCUUUAAUCUCAAAGGGCUUAAGAUUCUUUCACUUUCUUCAAACAACUUCAGCGGCUCCUUUCCUCUUGAACUUCUUCCACAACUGAAAAAUCUUUCGAGUCUUGAUCUUUCCUACAACAGAUUGUCAAUUGAUUACAAUGAGAUCAAUUCCUCUUACUCUUCCUUUCCUCAAAUUACCACAUUGAAAUUAGCAUCUAGCAAGUUGAGAAUAUUCCCAAAUUUCUUGAGAAAGCAAUCCAAAUUAAGCACUUUGGACCUUUCACAAAACCAGAUUUCUGGAGGGAUACCCAACUGGAUUUGGAAGCUCAGUACUCUUUCUCAACUAAAUCUUUCUUGCAACUCUCUGGUAACUCUAGAAGGUCCUCUCCUCAAUGUUACUUCUAGUUUGUCUGUCCUUGACCUUCAUUCCAACCAGCUUAAGGGACAAAUCCCACUUUUUUCACAACUUUCCGUUUAUCUAGAUUAUUCCAGAAACAACUUUAACUCCAGCAUAAGGACUGACAUUGGUGAUUUCCUUUCUAAUACUAUAUUCUUCUCUCUUUCAAGCAAUAAAUUUCAAGGAAUCAUUCCAGAAUCUAUAUGCAAUGCACAAAAUCUUCAGGUUCUUGAUGUUUCAAAUAAUUCUCUCAGUGGCUUGAUUCCCAAGUGCUUGACUGCAAUAAGUGGGACUCUUGCGGUACUGAAUUUGAGAAGAAACAAUCUUUCUGGCACUGUUCCUGAUAAAUUUCCUGAGCAUUGUAGUUUAAAAACUCUAGACCUCAAUGGCAAUCAGAUAGGAGGUCAGUUUCCAAAAUCUCUAGCCAAUUGCACAAUGUUAGAGGUUUUGAACCUUGGAAACAAUCAAAUAGCAGAUACGUUUCCGUGCCUGUUGAAGAACAUUUCCACCUUGCGUGUUCUUGUUUUGCGAUCCAACAAAUUUUAUGGACGCCUUGGAUGCCCCAAUACCCAUGGAAACUGGUCAAUGCUUCAAAUUGUUGACAUAGCACUCAACAAUUUUAGUGGUGAAAUACGAGGAAAAUGCUUGAGAACCUGGGGGGCAAUGAUGGGUGACGAAGAUGAUGACCAGUCAAAACUCAAUCAUCUUCGAUUUGAAAUCCUAAAAUUCACCGGGGUAUAUUAUCAGGAUGCUAUAACUGUUACCAACAAAGGUUUAGAGAUGGAGUUCGUAAAGAUUCUAACUGUCUUCACCUCUAUUGACAUCUCCUCCAACAACUUCAGUGGAUCAAUACCUAAGGAAGUGGGACAACUCAAAUCGCUCUAUGUCCUCAACUUGUCCAGUAAUGCUUUCACAGGUGCAAUACCAACCUCAUUAAGCAAAUUGCGGCAACUUGAGUCCUUGGACCUUUCGAACAACAAAUUGGGCGGAGAAAUUCCAGCAGAACUUGCCAAACUCACUUUCCUCUCAUUCCUGAAUCUCUCUAACAAUCAACUGGUCGGGAAGAUUCCGAGCAAUGCACAGUUCUCAACAUUUUCAGCAGCUUCAUUCACAGGUAAUAAAGGAUUAUGUGGGAUACAGUUGAACAAUACAUGCAAUAAUCCCAGCGAGCCAGCAGAUGCACCACAAAAGGCUCCAAACAAAGCGUCAGAAAUUGGGUUUGAUUGGCAGUCCAUAUAUACUGGAGUGGGGUUUGGAGUGGGAGCAGGAGUGAUUGUUAUCCUCUUAAUCUUGUGGGAGGAAGGAAGAAAUUGGUUGGAGGACAGCAUUGACAGAAUUCUUCUGGUAAUCCUUCCAAUGAUGGGAUUUACUUACAAAACUCGCGAUGAAUGGAAUGAGGAGGAGGAAGAAGAUUUUGAAGAAGAGAGCGCGUAUAUCAUGGAAGACUCUGAUACAGAUGAGAAUGAAUCAGAAGACAAAGGAUUUCGAGGUACAUAUUGUGUGUUUUGUUCAAAACUUGAUAUGAGUAGGAAGAGGGCCAUUCAUGACCCAAGUUGUACAUGCCAUUUAUCACCACCUAUUUCAUCUUCUUCUUCCUCCUCGUACUCAUUUUCUCCAUAGACACAAUUUUUAGUUUUUUCGGCUC